GGCCUCAGGCGUCUCCGCUAUAGUCAUCGUUGCUUCCAGCAUCCCCGCCACCCUCUUCGCGGACAGAUGGGGCCGCAGAGCAAGCACCCUCUUGGGUGGAGUUGGUCUCACAACCACCAUGUUCUUGAUCGGUGGACUUUAUGCGGGCCAUGCUGUUCAUCCAACGCAUGGAGCCGCUCGCUGGGUUGUUAUUGUCACCAUCUAUAUCUAUUGCAUCGUGCAGGCAACGACGUGGGGCAUUAGCAUUAAAGUCUGGGCUCCUGAGAUCCAACCUCACCGGUAUGUGAAAAUGCUCUAUCCUCAGAGUCUAAGCCAUUCUCUCCUAUUCGCUCUAUGUACUCGUCUCAAAGCUGACUCUACUUGCAGUGAGUUCUUCUCUACUCUCUACGCGUGCCAUUGACGUGGGGGCCUUAGUAUACGCAUGAUGGUCGGUGUUACUAACAGGCAGAAUAUAGAUACCCGGGCACGGGCCACAAGUUUGGCAUACGGAAGCAACUGGGUUUGCAACUUUUUUGUAGCCCUGAUCUCUCCAAUCCUUCUAGACGCGAGUUCCUCGGCUGCUUACUUUUUAUUUGGGGGUAGCACUGCCUUGGCCACCGUUGUCUGUUACUAUUACAUGGUGGAGACUAAAGGUAAAUUUUUUGAUGAAAUUGAGAGGGCUUUCAGGAAGCAAAAGACUACUAGCUCCAAGGCUGAACGAGUGAUGUGAAGAGCUGCAAGCCGCCGGCCAGUAUCUAGACUAGAACUUAAGCAGCGCGUUCACACGGCUCAGGUACAAUUUGUCGAACAAUAGAGGGGGUUAUCAAAGCUAAGAAGCAUGGAUACGGAUGAUCUUAAUGCUGUAUCAGUUGCGAGAGAUGGUUUAUGGAUAGGGCCGUUUUGUAUUUAAACUAAUAACAAUACGGAACCGAAUCUGGAAAAAGUGCUCCAUUGCAAUGCAGCGACGUCGUUGAUAAUGAAACGCAAAAGUCAACGCUAAUGCCUCUUUGGCACUAUUAUCG